AUGUUCAAGGAAGAUUUCCGGAACAUGAUUGAAGAGAACAGGAACAGCAAUGACUCCUCGUCUGCCUUCACUCACACCAACACCACGAGUGCCAUACUGAUUACUGCCUACUCAGUUGCCUUUGCUGGAGGUGGGAUCGGGUCCAUCACAAUGUUGUUUGUGCUGGUCAAGAUGAACACUUUGUCUGUGACGACUACAGCCAUCAUUAACCUGGUCGUUGUGCACAGCCUCCUCCUCUUCACGGUGCCCUUUCGCCUGCACUACUAUGUCAACAAGAAGUGGGUAUUUAAGAUGCCAUUUUGCAAAAUAGUGAGUGCAAUGGUGCACAUCCACAUGUACCUGACUUUCCUAUUCUACGUGAUCACGCUGGUGAUCCGGUGGCUCAUCUUCUUUCAAUGGAAGGACAAGGUGGAGUUUUACAGGAAGCUGCACGCCAUUGCGGCCAGUGCUGCCGUGUGGGUCUUUGUCAUGGUCUUUGUGGUGCCAGUCUUGUGCUUUGAGUACGGACGCUCAGGCUCAUACAAUGAUACAACAUGCUUUAAGUUCCACAAAGAACUACAGCAGGAGAGCGUGAAAGCCCUGAACUACACCAUAAUUGUAGCUGUCGCCUGCAUUACUUGUGUCCUCUUGGGCCUGCAGUUUUUCAUCCUGGUAAAAGUGGCAAGAAAACUUUCCACCUCCGUCUGGUCACACCAAGAGUUCUGGGCCCAGGUGAAAAACUUGAUUUUCAUCUGCGUCAUCAUAGUUUGCUUCCUUCCCUAUCACCUCUUUAGGGCCUACUACAUACAGCACGUGAGUGAUUUUGACCAGUUAGAAAGUUACAAUGAAGUUUUUUUGAGUCUGACUGCCCUCAGCUGCCUGGACCUGCUGUCAUUCGUGCUAAGCGGAAGCCGUCUCUUCAAGCAAAAGGUGGGCAUGCUGCGCAGCAGGUUGUCUUGCUGCUAG